AAGUGAUACAUGUAUUAAUUUUUAUUUUAUUUGGAUCAAAUAUUAAAUAUUGAUAGAGUAGUAAUAAGUAAAUCAAUAUUGUAACUUGGUAGAUAGCUCAUAUUUAAUAAUUUAUUUUAGGUUUGAGAAAAAGUUGAUUUGAAUAAAUCAGCAUCAAGAUAUUACAAUUUGAAGAAGUUGUUAAAAACUAGUAUUUCAAUUGAAUUCUAAAUUUGGAUGUAAAGGGAGAUGCUGUCUCGCGUAGGAAAUGUUAUAUGGUUUAUUUAUACGAUAGGUUGACUAGUAGGUCAGGGAGAAAAGGUAGGUCUUUAUUUUUUUCAUAUUCUUUGAUUUUGGGUUUUAUAGCGAUGCCAACCACGAGUAUCAUACAUGGCAUGUCACGAUUUUUAUGGAGUAAAUUGUCUUUGACUAGAAUUAAUUUACAUUACCGAGUAUUUUUUGAAUUCCCUGCACAGACUGGGGUCCAUUUUCAUGUGUGUGCAUUUGAACUACGGUCCACUUCCAUGUAUGUAUGCCUGCACAGGCCUUGUGCAAGUACCACAAGUGGUAUUUUUUACAAUAAAACUUUUCAAACAAAUAAUUUGGACAUACUUUUGGUGACAGGCCCAUGUGGCACCGUCGCUCCAAUAGGGGCCGUCACAUGGGGCUGACAUCAAAAUUCUGACCAUAUUAUCUGUCACUCCAACAAGUUUGGAUUUUUUAUGCAUGGGACCCAUCUAGGUGUGAGGGUCCGUAGGAACCCCAAGCCUAGUAUAGCAGCAAAGUCCUUAAAAUGCCAGCAAACUAGUAACCACUCAUUUAAGAGUGAAAAGCAGAAGACCUCCAUAUUCACUCCCUUUUCCUCUCUAUCCUGUACGAAAAUGGUGACCGCAGCAGCAACUCACACAGUACAACCCACCGAGUCGACUCCCAAUGAGAUCAUGCAGUUAUCAGAAAUUGAUCAAACUAAGACACUCAUUCAUGCUCCUACUGUCUACUUUUAUCGCCUCAACGAGGAUAUUCUAUAUUCUCAUGCAAUCCAAAUUCUAAAAGAGUCUUUGAGCAAAGCACUUGUACUGUUCUAUCCGCUAGCGGGGCGCCUCCAUGAGAUUGGCGGAGGUCGCCUCGAGCUUCAUUGCAACGCUGAGGGAGCGACUCUGGUCGAAGCUGAAUCCGAAUUGAUGAUUGAAGACUAUGAAAUUCAGGAUUUUGUUCCAAAUGAAGCAAUGAGAGAGCUCAUUCCAAAAGUAGAUUAUAUUGCAACUCCAAUUCAUGAACAACCAUUGGUUUUGGUACAGCUUACUAAAUUCAGUUGCGGGGGUGUUUGUCUGGGCUUGGGCAUUUCACACAUUUUAGCAGAUGGAAUAAGUGCGAUUCAUUUUGUUAGUGAAUGGGCCAAAAUUGUCCGCGGGGAGAUGACUAGUAUCGUCCCACUUCUCGACCGAAAAAUUCUGCGGCUUGGGGAUCUACCGUCCGCUCCGAAAUUCGAGCACAUAGAGUUGACACCACCACCGCUCUUGGUAGGGCGCUCGGACAAUAUGGAGGAGCGGAAGAAGCCAACGACGGUUGCUAUGAUAAAGCUAAGCAAACAACAAAUCAAUGAGCUGAAGAGCAAGGCCAAUGAGGAGACACCGUACAAAAGCAUCGUACGUCCAUAUACCAGGUACGAAGCUGUGGCCGGACAUAUCUGGAGGUGCACAACCAAGGUGCGGGGGCAUAAAAACGAGCAACUAACGAGAUUACACUUGGCAGUCGAUUUGAGAAAUAGAAUACAGCCACCAAUACCAAAGGGAUACUUUGGAAAUGCCGUUAUACGUCAAGCAGCAAUUGCAACAACAAAAGACUUACUUUCCAACCCUUUAGCUUACGCUUCAAGUAGAAUACGAGAAUCAAUCGAUAAAGUAACAGAUGAAUAUAUAAGAUCAUAUCUACUUGUCGCAAAUCAACAAGAUAUCUCUUGGCUUCGCAAUUUUCCUACCAAAGGGUGUUCAUUGGGAUCUUUCUAUGGAAACCCUAACAUGGAAAUCACAAGUUGGACAUCUAUGUCUGUAUAUGAAGCUGACUUUGGGUGGGGAGAUCUCAUCCACAUGGGCCCUGCAGAAAUGGGUUUUGAUGGGAAAUCAUUUAUUAUUCCUAGUUGUGAAGGGGAUGGAUCAAUAAUGGUUGCAUUUUGCCUGCAGACAGAGCAUAUUGGGACUUUCAAACAGUUGUUCUAUGAAGAAAUAUGACCAUUUAUGUUCUCUCCUUAAAACGUUUGUUUAAAUCAUGUCUUGUUUACAAUAUGUUUGGAUAAAUCAAAUAUUUGUUCUUGCUUA